AUGGUGGUGGUUAUGGAGGUGGUUGUGGAGGUGGUUGUGGAUGUGGAGGUUUUGGAGGAGUCGGUGGGUGGUGGUGGUGGUGUGUGGUGGUGGAGGUGGGAGGUGGAGGUGGAGGUGGAGGUGGAGGUGGAGGAGGAGGAGGUGAUGGUUGUGGUGGUGGUGGCGGAGGAUGAGGAGGAGAAGGAUGCGGUGGUGGUGGUGGAGGUAGUGAAUAUGGUGGUGCAACUAGUGGAGUUGGAUGUGGAAGUGGAGUGUGUUUGGAUGCGGUAA